AUGGGUGUUCAAUCAUUAUGGGAUAUAGUAGGACCAUCAGCAAGACCUGUUAGAUUAGAAGCUUUAUCAAGAAAGAAAUUAGCUGUUGAUGCUUCUAUUUGGAUUUAUCAAUUUUUAAAAGCCGUUCGUGAUAAAGAAGGUAAUGCAUUACCACAAUCUCAUAUUGUUGGGUUUUUUAGAAGAAUUUGUAAAUUAUUAUACUUUGGGAUACUUCCUAUAUUUGUUUUUGAUGGUGGUGUACCGAUAUUAAAAAGAGAAACAAUUAAUGAAAGAAAGAACCGAAGGCAAAAGAAAUCCGAAUCAACUAGAGAAACAGCUCAAAAGUUAUUAGCAAUUCAAUUACAAAGGGAAGCUGAAAAUAAACAUACAAGACCUAAACAGACGAAUAAAAAGAUAUCAAAUAGUAAAGAUUUUAAUGAAGAUGAUGAUUUAAUAUAUUUCGAGGACUUGCCUAUUAAUAAGGCAAUAGAAGAAGAUUCGAAUACGAAGUCACCCGAGUCCAAAUUAAUCAAAUUUAGAAGAAAAGACGAAUAUCAUUUACCAGAUUUACAUGAAUUUAAAGUGUCUAAAAAUGAUGAAAGAAUUAUGCCUGAUGAAGAAUACGAGGAAUCUUAUGAUGAUUUUGAUACAGUUGAUGGAAUAAAUAUAAAUGAAGUGGAUCCAAAGUCAAAGGAAUUUGAUAGAAUACCAGUUGCAACUCAAUAUAUGAUUUUGAAUCAUUUAAGAUUAAAAUCAAGAUUAAGAAUGGGGUAUAGAAAAGAUCAAUUGGAAGAUUUAUUUCCAAAUAGUAUGGAUUUUUCGAGGUUUCAAAUUCAACAAGUUCAAAGAAGGAAUUUUUUCACUCAAAAAUUGAUGAAUGUAACUGGAAUGGGUGAAGAUACAAAUGUUGUAAGAAGAAUUGCUGGGGAUAAAGAUAAAAAGUAUGCACUUGUUAAAAAUGAUGAUGGUUGGACAUUAGCAUUAGAAAAUGAUGGUACAAAUGAGAAUUCAAUACAUUUAGAUGAUGAUGAUGUCCGUGAAAUUGACGAAUAUGCAAAAGAAUCAAAGGUACCAAUUACUAUAAAAGAUGAAACAGCAGAGGAAGAUAGUGAUGAAGAUUUUGAGGAUGUUCCAUUAGAAGGACCAGAAGAAACUGAAGAAGAAAAAAAUAUGCAUAGAGCAAUGAUUGAAUCUAUUUACGAACGAUUUAAAGAGAAACCAACUGUAAAAGAACCAAAAGAUCUGGAGGAAUUUGAUGAAGUUGAAUUGAAAAAAGCUGUUCAAGAAUCGAAAGAUGAAUACUUUAAGAUGAUAGAGAAAGAAAACAAUCUUGACAACGAAUUAAAUGAUGAUGAUAAAGAUUUAGAUUUUGGUUCAUCUAUUUUAUUUACAAAUAAUGAUAAAGCUGACAUUAUAGAUGAUGUUUCACAUGGUGAUAAUAUUGAAUUUAAAAAACCUAUAAAGAAUAAAACUAUUGAUAAAGUUAAAAUCAGUGAAACUAAUGGAACUAAAUCGUAUCGGAAAAAGUUGAAAAAAUCAUUAAAAGAUGAUAUGAACUCCAAUAAUCUUUCAAUGCACAAUUUGAGAAAUGAAUUACCAGGCAAACCUAACGAGACAAGAAAAAAAUCGAAUCGUGAAAUGAAUAAUUUGGGAAGUGCAUUUUUAUUUAACCCAGAUUUUCAUCAAACUGGUCAAAUUAGUAUUGAUAAUGACCAAGAAAAGGAAAAAGAGUCAUCAAAUCUCGAUAAUGCAACAUUGGAAUUAGAUAAAGAACCUUUUGAAGAAAAGAAAGAAUCAAGUUUAGAUGUUUCUGAAAACAAACCUCAAAAGAAAACUGAAACUGUAUUUGAACGAAUGGAAAGUGAUGAAGAAAAUGAUGCACUAAUUAGAAAUGUCACUAUAACAGAAUCACCAAAAGGUAAAAGAAAAUUACCAGAGUGGUUCCAAAAUGAAGUUGGUCGAACAUUAAAUCCACACAAUGAAAAAUUCAUUGCUUAUAAUGAAUACAAUCAUAAGAAAAGACAAGAUCAGGAAGACCAAGAAGCUGGUUUAAUCCCAUGGUACGAAGCUAGAGAAUAUUUACAAGAAGGUCAAAAAACUCCAGAAGCUAAUGAUGAUGACGAGAUUGAAGAAAUUUCACCAACUAUCCCAGUUAAACGAGUUGAAAAAGAAAAAACACCUGAUGAGCAGCCACAAAGAAAAGCUGCGGUUAUUGAUUAUGAUUUUGAAGAGGAAGAGGAAGAUAAUUUAAUUAAACAAUUACAAUCAGAAGAAAUAGAUCACGAAGAAUUAAAAUCUCAAAUCAAAACAUCUCACAAUUUACCAAUAUCAUCAUUUGAAACUAGAAUAACUGAUGAACAGCUAUUGCAAGAACAAUUACAAAAAGCUAAAAGAGAUUCAGAUGAAGUAACUGAAUCCAUGAUCUAUGAUGUUCAAGAGUUACUUAAAAGAUUUGGUAUUCCGUAUAUGACAGCACCAAUGGAAGCAGAAGCUCAGUGUGCAGAGUUAUUAAAACUAGGAUUAGUUGAUGGUAUUGUCACAGAUGAUAGUGAUUGCUUUUUAUUUGGUGGUGAUAAAAUUUAUAAAAAUAUGUUUAACCAAAAACAAUAUGUUGAAUGUUAUUUGAAAGAUGAUAUACGACAUAAAAUUGGGCUUUCACAAGAAAAUAUGAUUGAAUUAGCAUUAUUGUUAGGCAGUGAUUAUACAGAAGGUAUAAAAGGUAUAGGACCUGUUUUAGCAAUGGAAAUAUUAGCGGAAUUUGGAUCAUUAAAAAGUUUUAAAGGAUGGUUUGAUGAAAAUACAAAAUCUUCAAAAGCUAUUGAUAAGAAAGAUGUAACCUCAUUACAAAAGAAUUUAUUAACACGUAUCAAAAAUGGUAAACUUUAUUUACCUGAUAAUUUUCCCGAAAAAGUUGUAUUUGAUGCUUAUAUUUUGCCAACGGUAGAUCACGAUAAAACGAAAUUCAAAUGGGGAGUUCCAAAUUUAGAUCAAAUUAGAUCAUUCUUAAUGUAUAAUGUUCAAUGGUCUCAAGCUAGAGUAGAUGAAGUUAUGAUUCCAUUAAUAAGAGAUAUGAAUAAAAAGAAAGCAGAAGGUACACAAUCAACAAUUGGUGAAUUUUUCCCACAAGAAUACAUUCAAACUAGAAAAGAAUUAAAUCUUGGUAAAAGAAUGAAAACGGCUGCAAAUAAAUUGAAUAAACGAAGAAAAAUGUAA